AUGGGCAGCAUUGUCCUACCAGGUGGAAAGUUAUUCUUAUUGAGCCCUAUAUUAUUUCAAGGCCCUUGCAACUCUCCCAUUGUUAAACUGCAGGUUUCAGGGAAUAUAACGGCACACACAAAUUCAACCAAAUGGGUAGGGUGUGAAAAUAAUAGUUGGCUUUAUUUCAGUAGCGUAUCUGGUCUCAUCAUCAGCGGCACUGGACACAUUAAUGGCCAAGGUGCUUCCUGGUGGAACAUCGCAAAUCCUCUUCAUAAGGUUGUCAAGGGGACUUGCGACAGGCCAACGGCGAUACGCUUUAAUUUUUGUAAUGAUCUUCAAUUGAAUGGAGUGAACCUGGUUGAUAGUCCAAGAAAUCAUAUUAGCAUCACAUUUAGCAAAAGGGUAACUAUCUCCCAUAUCACUAUAAGUGCACCUGAAGAUAGUCCCAACACUGAUGGUAUUGACAUCUCUACUUCUCAUCAAGUUCACAUUUUGGAUUCCACCAUUCAAACAGGUGAUGAUUGUAUUGCGAUCAAUUUGGGAUGUUCUAAUAUCAAUAUUACUGGUAUUUCAUGUGGACCAGGACAUGGUAUAAGUGUAGGAAGCCUAGGAGUUAAUGGGACUUUUGCUACUGUGGAGAAUAUCAAUGUAGCACAUUGCACCCUCCAAGGAACCCAAAAUGGUGUAAGAAUCAAAACAUGGCAGGGUGGUAUGGGGUUUGCUAGAUUUAUAAAUUUUGAAAAUAUCAAUCUCACAGACGUUAGAAAUCCCAUCAUUAUAGACCAAUUCUAUUGCAACGGCGCUCAUGAUUGUGGAAUUAAGCCAAAUGCAGUCCAAGUGAGUCAUGUGACAUACAUGGAUGUUUUUGGGACAACACCAAGCAAGAUAGCAAUAAAUCUAAAUUGCAGCGACAACAGCACAGCUUGCACCAACUUAUUGUUUCAUCAAAUUAACAUAACCUCAGCUUUGCCUCAAAAACAAACUCUUGCAGCUUGUCAUAAUGCUCAUGGACAAGUUGGCAAUUCAAGUUUACCCCCAAUAACAUGCUUGAAACCAUAA